AUGACCUAUGAUGAGUUUGCGCAAGCUACCGACUCACUCGAGUCAAGCACGUCAUGGUAUCAUUUCGAGGGCCGAACACCAGAUAUUGUCAUUCAGUGCAUUCGCCAUUUGCGAAAGCAGUCUGCAGAUGUGAAGAUUAGUGUCGAGCUAGAAAAGCGACAGAGGGAGGGCCUUCAAGAAAUCGCGUGCGAAGCAGAUGUUGUCUUUUAUUCGAAGAGCUGGGCAAUUGGCAACGGAUACUCUGGGGCUGAAGAAUGCCUUCGACAUCAGAGAACAUUAGCAGCAAAAGCGUUCCUUCUCUGCUGCACCUGGGGCGACCAAGGCGCAGCGGUUUACGAAUCAGCUACAGGAAGUCACCUCCAACAACCCGCACACGUUCUUCCCGGUAAAUCGGUUGUCGAUACGGUUGGUGCAGGUGACACUUUCAUAGCUGGAAUUUUGUAUUCUUGUCUUGUCCAUGCCGAUGAUUGGACCUUGCUUCAGAAACUGACCUUCGCGAACCAACUCGCGGGACGCAAAGUUACACAGGAAGGGUUUGCCAACGUCGCUGGCAACAUCUAG